UCAUCCUGCAUCAUUAAGUGUAGCACUUGUAAAGAGUUGUUGUGUGGCACCUGUGUUUUGAAAUUUCACUUUAAGAGACCAUUCCUCGUUCGUGAACUUUUUAACAACAAAGAUCUGAGUUCUCGGUUCCUCUUACCUGAGGAGUUUAUUGGCGUGGACGGAAUUGUUAAAGUAAAAGCCGUUCCAGCUCCGUUAUUUGUCCCUUCCCGGUGCAUCAACUGCCGUGAACAUGUUACUUUUUCCAGAGAAGCCGGAUCAAAAUCUUUGGCAAUAAUAACCAAAGAGGGUCCUUUUGAUCUUCACUCGACGGCGUUUAUUUGCUGUAAAUGCAAGGACAGCUUUAAAGCAUCAAAUGAAAUGUACAUUUCAUGUGGGUAUUUCCCAUCGACAGCCAAGAAAACAACUUGUUAUUUCGCCGAAGACUUGACAUUACAUUGGCAUCACUUCCAGCACCUAAGCCCGUCAACUUCCGUAAGAAAAUACGUCGAGUGUCUUGAAGAAGUCACUAAAGCCCGCGGAGGAAACGGGAUCAUUAAUCGUACUCAUUUUUCCCGGGUUGGAAAAGAACUUGAAUUCUUUCGCCAUAGGAUCUUAACUGCAGUUCUAUCCUGCAAAAUACUAUACUGCGAGGCAUGCGGACAAGAAAAUCUUGCCGUUCAUAUUGACGGAAACUUCAAACUUUACCGUUGGAUGAAUUCCACGCAGUAUAAUUCCCCUUCAUUGUUUGGCAACGAAGUUGUCCAAUUGUGCGAGGACAGGAGGAACCAUGAAAGACAAAUCAACUUGGUCAAGCCUGUGGCAAAGAAAAAAGACACAUGCGGGACGUCGACUUAUGCCGCCGGCCGAGCUGAAUCAUAAAAAAAAAGAUAAUUGAUAUUACUGGCACCCUUAUGGGUUCAUGCCGCCAUGGAAUUAUAUUGGGGGCAACCGAUCUCGAAAAAGGCGAGUCCUAUCGAGCGGUUCAUUUUUUAUUAACGAAGAUGCCGGCCAAGUUCAUCUGCCAAGAUGUCAUCUGCCACUUUUGGAAGUUUGCCCAUGAUGUAGGCUCCCUUAUCAAGGAAUACCAAGGUAAAACGGAAGAUUCCACCCCGUUUUUAUCCCGCUGGCAUGGGAAAACCCAUGCUUGGUAUUGUCAAGCCCUUUGGCUUGGACACUGGAAGGCGAAUUCAGCAGCCACACUAGGGGAGGAACAAGAACAAGGGUUUGCUUACUUCUCAUCUCUUGCUCUUAAAACAAAGAGAAUGGAUCGCGGAAGCCAGCGUGACUCAAUGAGUUCCAGUAUCUUAUACUUCAACGCCAAGAAAAAUAGAAAAAUAGCUUCUACUCUUACAAAGAGAUUGAAAAAAGCCUGGAAGCUUGCUCCUUUUCUAAGGGCUAAAUUGAAAGAAAUGUUAAAUGAAAAGAAAUUGAGAGAAGACCAGGUGCCUGAAUUAUUGCAAAAACUACAGGAAAAAGCUAUAAAUCAUCAACAUCAUCUUACAACCUCGAAUCUUCCGCUUGAUCAUGAACGUAAUCACUUAGAGGGGCUUCAUAUGGCUCUACAACGAUUCAAGAAGAGAAUAGAGGCGGAAGAGGUUACGGCUAAGGAGCGCAUGAAGAUUCGGGUGAAUCUUCGGAAAACCAAAGAGGAUGCAGAAACGUUGAUUGUAACAAUUAACGCGGCUCUUCCUCAAAUUUUAGCUGAUUGUGAAAAUAGGGAGAGAAAAAACGAACGGAAGGAAGGGGAUGACGAAAUAAGAAAAUGGAGGCUAGUCACUCCUCAAGAUUUCGAUAGCGGUAUUUUUCCUUGGCAGUCGUUGGGGGGUACAAUUGAAGAUGACUUCGAACUCAUUGAUGUAUGGAUGUUGUCGCAGCGGUAUGAAGAAGAAAUAUCUGAAACAGAAAAAGAAAUGCGUGAAUAUAUCGAGGGUCUUACGACCAAGAAGAACAGUUUGCACGAAGAAAUUUUAGAACGAGACGCAGUUGGAACAAAAUGAAUAUAUAUACAUUGAAAGAAGCAAAUUUUUUUAUUGAAAAGGGAAUACGAGAAGGUUGUUGAAAGAAGAUUGUCAGCAUUCAAAACAUUUUCUGUAUUGUUAGAUAUUAAUGAUUAUGAUUACGAGAAUGAUGAAAGCGAUGAUGACGAUGUUGAUGAAGGAGAAAUCAGUGAUUGUGAAAUUGAUGAUU